AUGCCAGAGACAUGCUGUGUUACCAAAUGUCGCUCUGGGUAUUCGGGGGGUGGCAAGGUAUCCAUGUUCGCGUUUCCUGCGUAUUCUGACAAGCGUGAGAAGUGGAAACGUGCCAUCCAUCGCAUUGAUGGUGGGCAGUUCAGUUUUGACUCUCCACACACACGUGUCUGCGAGAAGCACUUUGACCACAGCGAUGCCGUAUGGCACGACGAACUCGUCAUCGACGGCGAUGAAGUGCUGCACAAGCGUGGAAAGUCAAAGCUUCGAGAAGAUGCAGUGCCGCGCAUAUUCGACGGCUGCCUUCGUAUCUGA